CGGCGAGGCGCAGACGAGCGGCAUCACUCGAGCCCAGGUCCCAGCCGCCGCUCCACACAGCGCCCCGCGUUCAGGAAAAGGAGCAGCAGCGGAGGCGGUGGCGAGAGCAGCGGGCAGGCGCCAGAAAGGCCCCGGUCGAAAAGCCUGCGAGGGCCGCCGAACUACUCCCGGAGGAGGAGCCAGUCGGAGCCCCAGACGCAAACGCCAGCGCAGGAGCCGUGCGGAGCAGCAGUCGUCUUCAUGGCCCACUCACCGGUGGCCGUCCAAGUGCCCGGGAUGCAGAAUAAUAUAGCUGAUCCAGAAGAACUAUUCACAAAAUUAGAACGCAUCGGAAAAGGCUCAUUUGGGGAAGUCUUCAAAGGAAUUGAUAACCGUACCCAGCAAGUGGUUGCUAUUAAAAUCAUUGAUCUUGAGGAAGCUGAAGAUGAAAUAGAAGACAUUCAGCAAGAAAUUACUGUCUUGAGUCAGUGUGACAGCUCGUAUGUAACAAAAUACUAUGGAUCAUAUUUAAAGGGUUCAAAAUUAUGGAUAAUAAUGGAAUACCUGGGUGGUGGUUCAGCACUCGAUCUCCUGCGAGCUGGUCCAUUCGAUGAGUUCCAGAUCGCUACGAUGCUAAAGGAAAUUCUGAAGGGUCUGGACUAUCUGCACUCAGAAAAGAAAAUUCACCGAGACAUCAAAGCUGCCAACGUCUUGCUCUCAGAACAAGGAGAUGUUAAACUUGCUGACUUUGGAGUGGCUGGCCAGCUGACAGACACACAAAUUAAAAGAAAUACUUUUGUGGGAACUCCAUUUUGGAUGGCUCCUGAAGUUAUUCAACAGUCAGCUUAUGACUCAAAAGCUGACAUAUGGUCUUUGGGAAUUACUGCUAUUGAACUAGCCAAGGGAGAGCCACCUAACUCUGAUAUGCAUCCAAUGAGAGUCCUGUUUCUUAUUCCAAAAAACAACCCUCCAACCCUUGUUGGAGAUUUUACUAAGUCCUUUAAGGAGUUCAUUGAUGCUUGCCUGAACAAAGAUCCAUCAUUCCGUCCUACAGCUAAAGAGCUUCUGAAACACAAAUUCAUUGUUAAAAAUUCAAAGAAGACUUCUUAUCUGACCGAACUGAUCGAUCGCUUCAAGAGAUGGAAGGCAGAGGGCCAUAGCGAUGAGGAAUCCGAUUCUGAGGGCUCUGACUCGGAAUCCACCAGCAGGGAAAAUAAUACUCAUCCCGAAUGGAGCUUUACCACUGUGCGCAAGAAGCCCGACCCGAAGAAACUACAGAACGGGGCGGAGCAAGAUCUGGUGCAAACCCUGAGCUGUCUGUCUAUGAUAAUCACCCCUGCAUUUGCUGAACUUAAACAGCAGGAUGAGAAUAAUGCCAGCCGAAAUCAGGCCAUUGAAGAACUUGAGAAAAGCAUUGCUGUGGCUGAAGCCGCCUGUCCUGGAAUCACAGAUAAAAUGGUGAAGAAACUAAUCGAAAAGUUUCAAAAGUGUUCAGCAGAUGAAUCACCCUAGGCAACUUCUUAUUGGCUUCUGUUUGUUAUGGACCCAGAGAAACCCACCAAAGCUCCUUCAAGUUUAACGAUGUUUAGUUCAUGAGCUCCAUGUGCCUUUGGAUCUUUGCAACAUUGAAGAUUUCGAAGAAGCUAUUCAACUAUUUUGUGAUGGUGUUUAUCAUUUUAUAUUUUAAAGAGAUUAUUUUGUAAGGAAUAACUUUUAAUACUACAGUUUCACCUGUAUUCUAGUGGACGUUGAGAUACAGUUUUUCUUUUAGGUGUCAUUAUUUCCUAAGUUAGUAGGUUGAAUACCUUUCACAUUUUGCUCUUUAGUUAACUGUACACUCACAAAGCAUACAGGUCUUUCAGAGUCAUCCUAAAUAGUUGACGUAUAUAAAUCAUCAGGAUUUAAAACAUUUAAAAUGUUUUUGUCAGUACAAGCAUAUUAAAAUGCAUAUUGGUGGGGAGGUAGAAAUAAGUCCUACCUUCUUAAAACAGAAGUUUUUAAUAAGUUCUUGGUAAUGAAACCUGAAAAAGUAUCAACUCUUUUCCCCUAUUGGUAUGAAUUCCAGGCAGCUCAAUGAUGAUCACAUUUGAGAGCUCUGCGUCUGUAGGUAAUGUGUAGCAACUGAGGUACCUCUUGGUGUGCAGUAUUUACCUUCUCUUUUAGAUUGAAGAGACAGUUGACCCUUAUGGUUAAUGGUUACAAGUUGAAAGCAAUAGCAUUUAGCUAAGAAGGGGGUUUUGGUAAUACUGCAAAGUUUAGUUGGCCUUCAUUUUUAAAAUUGUUUGCUUAAACUGCAUAGUAUGUGCUUGAACUUAGAGAGCUUACGUAAAGCUGAUUGUCAUGUGAUUAAGUACCUGAUCAAAGGGUAUAAAUAUGAUUUACGCCAGCAUAUAUUUUUCAUUUUAUUAAGUUGUCAUAUAUACUAUUUAUACAUUUUUUCUUCAUAAUUAUCAGUACAUAAGCAUCAUUUGUUUGUUUUUGCAAGGAUAUUUAAAUGGAUUUUCUAGUUCACAUGAAAAUAACCAGAGUACUGGAUGAUUUCCAUCCAUAGAUAAGUUGGACUGUACAGUUCAUUUUCAGUUAUAUUUAUGGUACUGUUAAGUGGGUAAUUCAUUUUUCUAUUUUAAGCCCAGUAUAUAUUUUAUACCUGCCUUAGUUCUUAACAGGGGGUGUAUAUCCGUAGUUGUAGAAUCGUUGCUAUUAACUAGUUUUGAUAGCUAGUGUUCUAUUGUUUGGGUCUGCACAAUUUGGUUUUUGCACAGUGUCAUUUAAAAAAUCUGAAUAAUUGCCAAAUAUCAGAAGAAAGGUGUUAGUAAGUACUGAAUUGUUUCUAAUCUAGUUAGCCAUUACAUUUCGCCCUUUAAAAACCAGACAUGAGAAAGUUGCUGUUCUCCAGAUAAUUCUUUUUAUUGACCUAAACCAUUAACAAUUACUUCCAAUAAUUAUAUUUCAAAAUAAUAGUUCCACUCAGUCUUUUUUUUUAAUCUGCUCAGUAACUGAAACUCAGUUACAGUUUAUAGAGGACUAGAAAUAAUUUGGCACCCCAUGAAUUCACUGAGUAUUUUUGUAAAAAAAUGAAGCCAAUACAUUUAUAAAUUGAUUAUUUGAAACUUCCCGACACAACAGCAUCACAGAUACAAUUGUACUGCUUACUCAUUGUAGUCAUUGGUCCUGUACACUGCUUAUAUGUGAAGCAUAUGCCAGUGUUUUGGGGAGUUUUAAAAAUAAACAUUUAAAUGUCAUGA